AUGGACUCCUCUUCCACCAGUCCCGUAAUUAAGAAGCAGGAAGAUGACGACAAGACCGAAAAGCGCGACAUCAAGCCCGUCCCAAAGACCUUGAACAGGGUUCCUCCCCGUGAUCAGAAUGCAUGUCGGAGGCAAAAGAUGCGAUGCGAGGGCGCAGACAACCCACCCUGCAGGCGGUGUAGGAAUAAUGGGCUUGAGUGUCUGUUCGAGAAACCUUCGCGGGAGGCGACUCUCACUGGGGAAGCUGGAUUAGAACGCAUCCGUAGUCUGGAGUCACAGGUAUCUGAGAUUCGUCAGACGCAACAUACUAUUUCGAAUACCUUGAGCGAACUUCUUAAUCAUGUUCGUGCCGGUAGUUUCUCUGCGCGAUCACCUUCAGCCUAUCCGUCAUCGUCGUUCCAGCAGUCGCCUAGUCUAAAUUCUCCUUCAGUUUCAACACCUACAGUAAGCCAUCAGCACGCCUCUCCUCCAAGCGGAACGCAGCCUUUUACACCGUCUACUCGCGUGACGAACAGUGUGCUGCCUCAGCCUCGUCCGCAGAGGUCGUCAUUGCCAAAUUCUGGCUACCAAGGUUCCCCUGCAGGUUCUACUUUAUUGCCUGUGGAGGAUUUACACCCACCUCAUGUAUCACCUGCGUACCCCAACUUUCCACAGGCCGGACAAAAUUAUCAUACUCAGCAUCAACCAUUGCCACAAAAUCCAGUACUUCCGCCGUUUUCUAGUAUUCAAGUUAUGGGUCCUCCUGCCACUGAACAAGCCAACGUAUCCUCCGUUAGGUAUCAAUCCACGGAACAAGGUUAUCAAAGAUCAACCACAAAAUAUCCACCAAAAAGACACGCGCCUCCUUCCUCGAAUGUCACCAGUGCUGAUUCUUCGGAUUUGGAUGAUGAUGACGGCGGCGAGCUUCCCGUUUCUGGACUUGUAGCUCCCUGGGAAGUGCUCCGAGGAUUGGCAGAUGUAGCUAUUGAACGAGCAACCAAGGACAAUGGUGGUGGUAGUGAGCCACAUAGUAGGGCAAGAACUCAAUCCCCGGAUCGCCAGACAAGACCAUCGAAGAAGCGGAAAGUCGCUCAUCAGUUGACACACGUAACCUAUCCCGAUGUUGUUACGAAAAAUAUUAUCACAGAGGAAGAUGCUCGGGAACUGUUCAAAAUUCCCAUAUUCGAUUCCAACACGGAUAACUACGAUUCGCUACAUGAAAGAUCUCCUUUUGCUGUAGAUGCUAUAUGUAUGGUUGCUGCUCGCGUUCGUGACGGAGGAAGACCUCCUAGUGAGAUUCACCGACGAUGCCUUGAAGAGGUUCAAGCAAUCUCCCAGGCUACUCUUUUUGCACCUGUGAUUCGAAGCGAGGCUGUUCAAGCUAUGAUCUUGGUAUCAGGCUGGUCAGAUAACGGGUGGUUGAGUGGUGGGCAUGCGGUUAGAAUGGCUAUGGAACUGUCUAUGCACCAGGCCUGGCCUCAAUUGCAUAGGCGCAUCAGUUCUAACAAGUUUGAUAUUGUCGCAGACCGUGAUCUUGUCGUUGCCUCUAGAACUUGGUUCUGCCUGUAUCUGUUCGAGCACCAAUUGUCAUAUGGUACAGGUCGCCCUGCAGUCCUCAUGGACGACCAAAGUAUCAGAAAUUGCCGCUACCUCUUGAACCACCCCUUGUCUAUUGAAGACGAUAUGAGGCUGGUUUCAACGGUAGAGCUCAUUACUAUUCGCGAGAGGGUUCACAAUGCGCUUGCCCCGUUCGAUGGGCCUGUACUUCCUCAACACUUUGAAGAAUUACAGAGAGCGAAUGUUGAUUUUUCCCAGUGGUACAAGAUAUGGGAUGAAGCUUUUUCACGGAAAUAUGAAGAUGCUGCCUUUUAUCGCCAAAGUUUGCAAAUUCAACAACUUCAUGCUGAGUUGUUUCACAAUGCUACAGCUCUCAGAGAUAUAAUAAGAUUAGAAGAUGUUCAAAACAUGCCUCCGCUUCAGAGAACACUGGCGAUACGGUCGUUACAGAUUGGUCGACAAAUAUUGGAAAUUACAGUCAAAUCCCCAGCGUACAGAAAGGGCAUGACAUAUGCCGUCCACUAUACACACGCUACGGCAACGUUUACAGCUUCAUUCUUAUUGCGCCUUUCCCGGUUUUUCCCUGACGAAUGUGAUGUUGCGGUGAUUCGUAAUUUAGUUGAACUCGUCGCGAGUUUGAUGGCGGAGAUUCCUGGGAAACGCUACGCUCUAACACUUCAAUUGAUGCUGAAGCGCUCGAAGAGAAGGAAGACAAACUCACGCUCACCCAAAGUAUCGCGAGACAUUCAGCAACCGUUAGUUAUGGCUGUCGACCCUCCGCCGCAAGCGGCAUUGCCUGCUCCUCAACAAGGAAAUUCGGAACAAUUUUCACCUCUUUAUGAAAUGUCAUCGUCUUCGUAUCCUAUGCAAGACAGUCAGAACCAUGUCAUUCAUGCAAUGCCUCAGCAGCAUUCCAAUGCGCAUCCCAGCUUCGUUGAAGCAGAACAAAUCUGGCGUGGCCUUGAGCAAACUUCUGUGGAGCAGCUACCAGUCUGGAUAUCCGACCAAAGUCUUGGUGGACAGACAUUUUCUCAACACGGUAUGGAUGCAUUCAUUAUACCCACGGAAUAUCUCCCCACUGUACCGCAAAUCUGGUAG